GCACACGCUGCACAACCCCACCACUCCAAACCUAAUCCCUGUACUACUUACUACAGGCAUCCUUUGUUUGUUUGUUUGUUUUUUGCAGCCAUGUCAUCACAGGAGCAGCAGCAGAAUUCGGCUACAACAAGUCAAAAAACGGAUAGCGGGCGUAGUGACGGGCAACAACUGAGUGCACUUGAAAUUCUACGGUUACUCUUCUCACAAGAGGCUGUAGAUUCCCCAGAGGAGGACAAUGUAGAUGAAGAGAUAUCAGAAGAAGAAGAAGAAGAAGAAGAAGAAAAAGAACAAGAUGAAGAAGAAAAAGAAGAAGAAGGUGGCGACGAACAACAGGACUCUGAACCCAAAGAAGGGGGCGAGGCGGAGGACGACGACCGGGACUGUGAGGACUACGAGGACUACAGCACAGAUAAGGAGGAUGAGGACGAGGAAGACGGCCACGACAGUAAUGUCAUGCCUCGCAGACAUCCGACAACAGCAGCGGCACGAGACAAAGAAGCAGCAGCAGCAGCAGCGACAGUUUUGUUUCACAGUUCGAAAGACGGUCAAAUACAAUGGUGUACUGUACCGUACGAUUCUCGCCAACCUUACUUUAGCCCCGCCACCACCUCAUCGCCGUCAACACCACGGUCAUCCUCCACAUCUUCAUCCCCGUACGACGCCGACGACCGGGAGGAUCGUCGUCGUCGUCCUCGUUCCCCAUCGCCUGUAGGAACUCCCGGACCCACACGAUAUGCAAUUCGAGCAAUGGAAGGUGUACGGCAGGAGAAGCCGCAACAGCAAGAGAAGGACAAAGACAAUUUGCACUCGGCCGCCGAGGCGGCGAGGGCUGACAGCGAGUACGAGGCUGAGGCUGAGGACAGCGACGGAGGUGAUGAAGGCGACCGCGAUUGCGGCCUUGGCCGUGGCGGUCCUGUUCCUUCUGCUGCUCUUCCUUCUCAUGAUCCACAGCAGCGGCAGCAGCAGCACAAGAUCGCCUCGACGUUCGGCCUUUUCGUGACGCCGGAAAUCGAACAAAUAAUUGUCGCCGAAACCAAUCGGGAGGGAGUGCGCCGGUUUGGCUCCGACGUGUGGAAGAGCAUGGACGAGGUCGAUUUGCGCGCUUACCUGGGACUGCUGAUCCUAGCGGGAGUGUUCAAAUCGCGAGGAGAAGCCGCGGCCAGCCUUUGGGACGCCCACACGGGCAGGGCCGUAUUCCGCGCCACCAUGUCCCUGAAAACCUUUUACAGGUAUUCGCGUCAUCUCCGCUUCGACGAUCGCGCCACGAGAGGCGCGCGCCGCUCCGCGGAUAAGCUCGCCGCCAUACGCCGGGUCUGGGACCUGUGGGCGGCUCAGCUUCCGCGCUUGUAUAAUCCGGGAAGAAACGUGACUGUGGAUGAGCAACUGGUUCGGUUCAGAGGAAGAUGUCCUUUUCGCCAAUACAUGCCCAACAAACCGGCAAAGUACGGCAUCAAAACUUGGGUCGCGUGUGACGCGAGAUCUAGCUACGCCUGGAAAAUGCAAAUCUACACCGGCGGCAAGAACAGGCCUGCUGAUUGCGGAACAACUACAAACACUACUACUACUACUACUACCACCACUAGUAGAAAUACUAAUUUAGCCACGCAAGUGGUCUUGGAUUUGACAGAGGGACUCGGCGGGGAACGCACUGUAACCUGUGACAAUUUUUUCACCUCCUACGAGCUAGCCCGAAGGCUGUAUCUCGAGCGGGAUCUAACUUUGGUCGGCACCGUUCGCAAAAAUAAGCCCUGGCUGCCGCAGGCGUUCCUCCGAGCCCGUUUGCGGCAGCUAGGAGGAAAGAAGAGAAGAAACGGUAAUAGUAAUAGCCGCCCGUCGUCCUCGUCGUCGUCGCCGCUGUCCGCUUAUCUCUUUGCUCCGCUGCCUGCCGUCCUGGUCUCGUAUAUGCCGAAAAAAAAAAGGAACGUACUAUUGCUGAGUACAAAGCGGCGACAUCUCUGCGAGCCUGUAGAACGUGGAGAACGAGAACGAGAACGACAAGACGCACCGAUAGCAGCGGGAGCGGCACGGGGGACCAAGCCCGACUUGGUGAACGAGUACAAUCGCAACAAAGGCGGAGUUGACAAUCUGGACAAGGUUAUUAGCGCCUACAGCUGCAGGCGGAUGACGGCGCGCUGGCCCCUGGCUGUCUUUCACAACAUCCUGGACGUCUCGUCCUACAACGCCUUCGUACUGUGGCGGGAGCUCAACCCCACGUGGAUGUCGGCGAGACGCAACAAGAGAAGGAUAUUUCUGGAGCAACUCGGCAAAGAACUCGUGACGCCGCUCAUCCAGAGGCGACGGCGUAUGCCUCGCACGGAAACGUCCCUCGCUGUGGUUCUAGGCAUCCAGCGACAGGGACAGGGACAGGAAGAGGAGGAGCAAGAGGAAGAGCAAGAAGAAGAGGAGGAGCAACAACAGGACAACAGACCAAAAACAAGCAAUAAAAGAAAGAGGUGUCAAAUAUGCCCCAGCAAAAAGGACCGGAAAACACAGACCGUUUGCUCGGAAUGUAACAAAUACAUGUGCGGACAGUGUAGCGUACAGUUUUGUCAGCCUUGCUCAAACGCAUUCAGAGGAGAACAAGACUGACGACGAGGACCACAACUAGAUGAUACAGAUAGUGAGAGGUGCACAGACAGACGACACUGUAAGUCAUUACUUACUUACAAAACCAGUAACCUUGUAUACAUAACAAACUAAUAAAAUAUAUUAAAAAACAAAACCAAUACACUCGCCUCUUGUAUUUUCUAUCUUUCUACAUCUUUGUUGCAGAUUCUGCCCUCUGCAAAUAUGUUUAAUCAGUUUAUACUAAUCUUACUUGUGCUGCUGUGUUCAGGUGAGUAAAGUUUUUUUUUUGUUUGUUUUUGUUUUAAAUAUUGCUAUAUAAAUAUAAAUAACAGCACAAAAUGUAGCCUUGUCAUCACUCAGUAACUGUGCUUUACAUUGUAACGAGAAACACUGCAUAGUGAAGACCUCUGUCUCUGUGUGUGUGUGUGUGUGUGUGUCUGUGUGUCAACUCAUGUAUCUUCUGUUACUGUACUUUUAGCCCUAUCUACCUACCUACCUACUUACUUACUUACACUACCUACCUACUUACCUACCUACCUACCUGUGCGUCAUGUUUUACAGGAGGUGC